AUGGAGGUAGGAUCUGAAACUACGGCUUCAUCUGCAAAUAAAAGGCACCCGUAUAGGAUUGUGGGAAGAUCACUCUACAAUUUGGUGUCUUUCAUUGAAGGCUACGACCAACAGGUGUUGUCCAUGUGUAUGAGAGCUUUCGAGUUAACAUUGGGAUUUUCUCAGUCUCAAUUGUCUACGUUGGCAACUGUGUCUACUAUGUCGCGCAUGGGUUGCUGUUUAAUUUGGGGCAGGGCUUCUGGUGAUGGGCGUGGCUUCGAUUGUUCUAGGUUCCGCGUCGCAAUACAGAUCAGUCAGUUGCAAUUUGUACUGUUAAUGUUUCCACAGAUUGUGUUCUUGCGCUUCUUACACGGCUUUGGAUUCGCUUGCGUCUACCCGGUGCAACAAAAGAUUGUGUCGGAUUCAACCGAUUCCGAGAAUUCAAACAAAGCAGAGGGGGCACAAGAUCAGGGUACAAAAGCCGAGGGAACACCGAACCAGGGCAAGAAGGCUGAGGGGGGACAGAACCAGGGCAAGAAGGGUGAGGGAGCACAGGACGAGGACGAGGAGGAAUCAAAGGAAGCUAGUAGAUAUGUGUGGAUAUUGUUUGCUAUUGGUAUCGUGUUCGGGAUGGAAAAAAUAGAAUCUGAGUGUACUAAAAACUCUGAGGACUCCGAAGGUAUCCAGGAGCUUAUAACGGGGGCCAUUAAUGAUCCUUUCACGAGGGGAACAACAUGGCUAUUAAUAUUAACCUUAUUCAUCGCAGAAGCCCCAAUGUGUGCGUUUAAUUAUAUGACCAUAUACUUGCAAUAUUUGGGAGUGUCUGACACAAUGGCAGGCGUUGCGAUUGCCAUUACAUUGAUUGGUGGCGCGGCUGGAAGUGGAGCUGGCGGAGAAGCUAUAAAGAAAAUAGCACAAAAGGCUAAAGGAUAUGGUGAACUUGGUUCUGGACUUGCAGUGAUGGCCGUCCGAAUGGUUGUCUGUCUACUAUUCUUCUUAGGCAAGCCACCAUGUGGUAAAUUGCUUUGGUAUCAUUAUGUGGAGUUGGCAACGCUUGGUGGAACAUUGGUAACCGUUGGUGGUGUGGAUAGGGCCCUUUUAAAGAGUGCAAUCGAAAAAAAGUUUCAAGCCACUGCAUCUGCUAUGGUUCGAACCAUAUCCGGGAUCGCAAGUAGCGUAAUUCUCUUCCAGGUUUGCGCAUAUUUGACCGAGAAGGUGUUUGGCUACGUCCCCUCUAGGGAGUCGUUUGAAACCAUGGCUGCAGAAGUUAAAGAAAGAAAUGCUGAAGCUUUAAGGAAAUCGAUGAUGUACAUUAUUUUGGCGGGCACAGCACUCAACACUUUAUGCUAUCUCGUGUUGUUUGCUACGUACCAAAAUGAUAGAGGAGUAGUUAAGGACAAAAAUAAGGCGCAUAAGGCAGAAAAGGAGAAAAAAGCACAAGAAAAAGCAGCAGGGAAAAAGAAAUAG